AUGGUGAUUUCCUACGUAGUGAACGCUACCUACAUGUUCUUAUGGGAUGUCAUUGUGGACUGGGGCCUGUUGGACUUCAAAGCCAAGGACAAUCCUGGUCUGAGGGAUGAACUGGUUUAUCGGUACCGCGCCUACUACUACGGUGCCAUUCUGGAGGACCUCGUCAUCCGUUUCUCCUGGAUAGGGAUUCUUGUCUGUCAGUAUGCCCAUCUUGCUGAGCUUGAGAUUGUCAGGACGGUGGUUUACUUCGCAGAAUUGUCAAGGUACCUCCUCCCUCUCUCUGCCUGUCAUUUUUGCACAGUGUUUGCUUUCGAGGCAAAAUUCGUAUUACUAUUUAUAAUAAUUACCCUCACACUACUGCUAGUCGCUGUAGUAAUAGUCGUAAUAGUAGUAGCAAGUACGUUUUUGAUAGGGUUACGUUGA